AUGGCCGCAUUUCGAAGUCUGACCGCAGACCGCAAUCCACUUGAGGCAUUCAAGGUGACAGCACUAAGGUCUUGUGGCCCAAAGUCAGUUCUUGCAAAGACUGACGGGACUGACUUGCCUUUGCAUCUCUUUGAAUGGUCCCAGAGCAGCCAAGAUGGAGUUGAGAUCAGUAAUGUCCGAACUGUCACCGAACUAGAGGCGCGGGACCCAGCAACAGUCCGAGUCAUUUUCGCUCCACAAGACGUCCCUGCUCCAGAAACUGUGCAUGGGCUGGUGAGGCUGUUCGAAAAAUUCCAGAUCCCAAGCGCUUUCAUCGCAGAGAGUAUGCAAAACAUCUCCCGGUCUUUUGCAGCGCAAACAGAUAUCGACGGUACAGUUUAUGUAUGGUUCCACUUCCUCUGCAAAACUGUCACUGUUGAGGGAGCAAGCAUCGUCGGUAAACAGCGACCCGGAAACGACAAUUAUGAAAUUCAAAGCCAGGAAGAUUUUGGCUGGGUCAAGCCAGGGUUCGUCCUGAAGAUUAGGAGACCACGAGGGCUUCCGAGGCCACCUGCUCGUUCAAGGACAUCGAGCAGUGAUGCGACUAUGUCUGGGGCUUCUACUGACGCCUCAAUUGAAUUGUUUUGUUUUGGCGCAACGGCAUCGAUGGGAGACCGAUUUCGUAAGCUAAAGAAUGUUGCCAUCUGUGACGACUUAGUACAGGAUCCGUACGUGCUGCUUGAAGUGGUAUUCGAGGAGAUGUAUAAGGUUCUUGACAUGACUGGAUGGGCGAUAUCUCAUGUCUUCGGUAACAUAGAAAAGAAAACUUUGCAUCUAGCAACGACACCAGGAAAAGCUACAAAGUUACCUCGAGACCAUUUCACAGGCCUUCAUAAUCUCGCAAAGCACAUCACUUACCUCCAAGAGAACUGCGACUCGGCACUUGCGACACUUUCGGGCCUGCGGCAUCAUCAUGGAGUAGUCAUUGGCGACCAUCCCGAUUCCGCUCAAGAGUUUACACGACAAGCUCUUGACUAUCGGAAGACUCUCUUCAAUUCCACACAGCGCCGACUAUCAAGCUUAGACAAGCGGAUGGCGAAUAUCGUACAGCUCUCCUUCCACCUGGUAACCGUAGCCGACAGCAGAGUCAUGCAUUCUGAAAGUGCGAGCAUGAAGAGUAUUGCAGUUACAACUUUGAUAUUUCUCCCACUCAGUACGAUUGCGACCAUCUUCGGUACGCAAUUCAUAAAGCUAGACGACACUGCGCCGUACCAUGUUCGCGUUUCGCCGGACUUCUGGCUCCUGUGGGUAGUCGCAUUACCAUUGACUGCCAUAGUGCUGCUUAUCUGGCGUGUAUGGUACUACGACGUCAGAGGACGUCUUCUUGAUGACUUACCGGCCCGGUCUGCUGGUGAACGUGGGUGGUUGGGAUGGAAAACAGCGAUGCUCCUAGGACAGAGGAGCAGAAAUGUCAUCCCACGCACAGAGAUCUGA